AUGAACGCUCACCACCCAGCUUGGGGAGGGCCAGGAACUAAGAUCGACGACGAAGCUGAACAACUGCUGCAAAUCACAGACGACCAGGAGCUCGAGCUGAUCACCGAGGAAGGGAAAGCAACCUGGACGAGAAACGACCAAUCAUCGGUGAUUGACCUUACCUUCAUCAGUCCCAGCCUCAGCGGCAGAAUAAUCCGCUGUGGGCGGGCGGAUGACAUUGAGCACUCAUCAGAUCAUUUUCCUAUUAGAACCACGCUUGAUAUCGAGACGCCGAUAUUAACGCAGCAGAGAAGAAGAAAUUGGAAAGCGACCGAUGACGGCAAACUUAUCCAAAAGGUCGAAGAAGGCCUACAAGAAAGAGAUCUACCUAUGGUAGGCCACCGACAGAUCGAGGAGCAAUGUCAGAAGCUACUGGGCGUCGUACAAUGCGCAAUUGACUUUUCAACCCCGUGGGCAAACCAAUCGAUAUGGUCGAACCCCGACUUCGACGAAGAGUGCAGGGCCGCCGUCAAAGAAGUUCGGCGACUACGACGUAUUCACACGAGGACAAAGGACCCCUACGACUGGAUGCUGUACUCCAAGGCACGCAACAAAAAGACACGUCUGGUCAAGAGGGCACUCUCCCGGGCACAUCGACGCCGAGUCCAACAGGUCAUCGAAGAUGGACCUCAGGGAAUGUGGCGCCUCGCCAAAUGGGCCAGAAAUCGUAACGGAGCCUACGAGAGAGGCCUCACACCCUCACUAAAAGUUCAGGACCCUUUGAUACAAGACGAACUUGCCGAGACGGUCGACCAGAAAGCGGAGGCUUUCCGGACGGCCUUUUUCCCACAGCCGCCACCUGCGGACCUCACGGACACUGCCUUAUUUCGAUACCUAGAGCCGAUUGAAUUCCCACCAAUUACGACACAAGAGAUACAGGAAGCUGUGAGAACAGCAAAGGCAGGAAAAGCGCCAGGAGCUGAUGGGAUCCCGAACUCCCUCUGGCACAAAUUGAUCGAGGUGCCAGUGGUACUGCAAUUGCUCGAACAGCUGUUCAAUGCUUGCAUACGCACUGGCUAUAACCCAACACACUUCCAACAAUCAAUCACGGUGGUCCUACGAAAGCAAGGCAAGAGUGACUACCAACUGGCAAAGUCCUACCGACCGGUGGCGCUUCUAAAUACUCUCGGAAAGUUUCUCGAAGCAGUGGUCGCACGACGAAUCAGCUAUGCCGUGGAAACCGAGGGUCUCCUCCCAAAGACCCAUCUCGGGGGUCGACGAGGCAUCUCAACGGACCAUGCUAUCCACAACAUGAUUGACCAAAUCAAAAUAGCCUGGGGGAAAGGCAAACCGGUGGUCUCCCUGUUAAUGCUGGAUGUGUCGGGGGCGUAUGACAAUGUCUCUCACGAACGUCUGCUCCACAAUCUCAAGAAAAGACGCCUAGGGCAACUCGUCCCUUGGGUAAAGGCUUUCCUGUCAAAUCGAAGCACAAAGAUCCGCAUGCCAGAAGGCACUUCUGGUCCAAUACCAACACCAACGGGAAUUCCGCAAGGGUCGCCGAUUUCGCCCAUUCUCUAUCUGAUCUACAAUGCAGACCUGAUUGAGAAAUGCGGAAGCGGAGUGACCAGUAACGGCUGGGUGGAUGAUGUCUGCUUUAUGACCAAAGGAGAUAGCGAGCGAGAGACCAUCAGGAAGCUCAAAACUGCUUGCGGGAAGGCCGAACAGUGGGCCAGAAAGCAUGCCUCAGUAUUCGACACGAAGAAGUACGCGCUCGUGCAUUUCGUAAAUACGAAAGAAGUCGAGCCUCGGUACACACCACUGUCACUGCAGGGGCACACAGUACCUGCGACAAGGACGGCGGAACGCUAUCUGGGCUACUGGCUUGAUCCCAACUUGGAGUUUCAGCAUCACCGCGAAAAGGCAAUUUCGAAGGCAAGCGUGUCCCUCCAGGCGCUACAAAGCUUGGCUGGCUCGACAUGGGGGGCCUCUCUUUCAGCUAUGCGCAGGAUCUACCAGGCGGUAGUCAUCCCACAGAUGCUCUUCGGAGUAUCGGCCUGGUACCACCCAAUGAUGAUCAGCAAGAUGAAGGCACGAAUGAUCAGUCAACCGUUCGUGGCCAUCCAGAAGCGGGCAGCAUGCCUGAUCAGCGGAGCUUUCAGAACGACAGCAGCAGAGGCACUGAACACAGAACUACACCUACCACCAAUUGCGAUCCAUAUGAACCGCCUCGUAAAAGAAACGGCUUUACGGUUACGGACUGGACCAGUAUUCGCUGUCCCACCAACAAUGCUACGACGCCGACCGGUGGACGAGAGAGAUUGGUCUGGAUGGACACCGAUGGAGGCGCAAGCCUGGAAAACGGGCGGAUGCCUUACGACUCCCCCGGGAACUUUGGCGAGGGACUGGGAGAGUCGGAAGGCAUUCGUCCAGGCACCAUGGCAAGCGCCGCCAGACGUGUUCAUCGAGGACAGAGAGAUGGCAGUGAAAACUCACGACCACAUUCUAUCCAAAGACCCAAGCGAAAGACCCUUGAUUCUCUACACCGACGGGAGUGGGAUCGAAGGAAAAAUUGGAGCAGCAGUAGUCGUUGAUCUCGAGGAUCACCACGCUCACAGCCAAAUGGGCGGCGAAGAAACGUCCACUGUAUACGCUGCCGAGCUCAGUGCCAUCGAAAUGGCACUCAAAUUAAUCUUGGAGGCCACGGAACCGUGGGCGGCACAGGCGAGAAACGGGCUUGUCAUCUUUGCAGACAGCCAAGGGGCAUUGAAGGCGCUCCGCCAACCACGGAUGCCAUCAGGACAGGUCUACCUGGAAGAAUGCCUCCACCUGGUAAGGCAACACGCAGCCAAUGGCCGUCAAAUCCACCUCAGGUGGAUACCUGCUCAUCAAGGAGUGGCCGGCAAUGAACGUGUCGACCGACACGCAAAGGAGGCGGCCCAGGAACCAGAAGGACCACAAAACCCAAACAAUCGUUAUAUUCGCCUUGCAGCCGCAGCUAAAAGCCGCAUUCGCCGCGAGGCAAAAAUCGAGUGGGAAAGGUCAUGGUCUAUAGAGAGAACAGGUCGACCGACGAAACGCUUAGUCGAACGACCAACGAAGAAGACCCUGGAAUACUGGUCCGACCUGCGGAAAGCGACAGCGUCCAUUCUGAUGCAGCUUCGUACUGGACGAAUUGGCCUUGCUGCCUACUUGACUCGCAUCAAUCGGCGCGAGUCAGCGAGAUGUGGUUGCAAUCUGGGGAACCAGACCGUCGAUCAUAUCUUGCUCGAAUGCCCGCUACUCCAAGAUGAGCGCAACUGGAUGAGAAACGCUCUGUCCGACCGCGGAGUUGCUCUGCGACGCGACGAGCUCCUGACGCGGCCAGAGGCUCGCAUAAUUGUGGCCGAAUUCAUGGUCCGGACAGGUCUCUUAAACCAGUUUCAAGCAGUCGACCCAUUGGCUCUCGGCACGGAAAAAGGCGACGAAAAUGGAUGA